AUGGCUCCGACUCAAGGCCGACUGGCCAAGUAUAACGUGGCCAACAGGCUCUACAAGGGCUCUCUGCUCGGCACCGUCUGCAUCGUGGCCGGCAUCUCCAUCUUCUUCUUCGGCUAUGACCAGGGCCUCAUGGGCGGCGUCAACACGACGCGCGACUAUGCCGAGCGCAUGGGCUUUGGCCACUGGGAUGAAGAGCAGAGAAUUGUGGUUGUCGACAAGCCGUUGCUGCAGGGAGGAAUCGUAGCCGUCUACUACCUCCCCGGCACUCUCGUGGGCUGUCUGGUAGGCGGCUGGUUUGGAGACCGCUACGGUCGCAUCAUGACAAUUGGCCUGGCAUGUCUCUGGUGCAUCUUCACCGCCGCGCUGCAGUCGGCAGCCAUGAACGCGCCCUGGAUGUUCUGCGCCCGUGUUCUCAAUGGCUUCGGCACGGGCGUGCUCAACGCCAUCACGCCCGUGUGGGCAACCGAGACAGCGGCCCACACCUCACGGGGUCAGUUUGUCGCCAUCGAGUUCACCCUCAACAUCUUUGGCGUCGUCGUGGCCUACUGGCUGGAGUUCGGCACUUCCAAAUACUAUGAUCCUCAAUCUUCAUUCAUCUGGAGAUUCCCAGUGGCCUUUCAGAUAGUUCCUCUCAUAUUCCUCUUCAUCAUUGUUUGGCUUAUGCCCGAGUCGCCCCGCUGGCUCGUCAAGGUAGGCCGAGAGGACGAGGCCCGCUUCAUCCUGGGCCGUCUCCGUGGCGAGCAAGGGGAAGACGGCGUCAAGGCCGAGGCCGAAUUUCAAGACAUUGUCAACAUUCGCAAUCUCGAGCAAGAGACGGCCCAACAGCAAAGCUAUCUCCACAUGCUGUUCGGAAUAGGGUCCGGCAAGCUACACACGGGGCGCCGUGUGCAACUCGUAAUCUGGCUCCAGAUUCUGCAGGAAUGGAUUGGCAUCGCGGGCAUCACCAUCUAUGGCCCGGAAAUCUUCUCCAUUGCUGGCAUUAGCUCCGAGAACCGGCUCUGGGUCAGCGGCGUCAACAACAUCACGUACAUGUUUGCGACACUGAUCUGUGUCUUUACAAUUGAUCGCAUCGGACGCCGCUGGACCCUGUACUGGGGCGCCAUCGGACAAGGCAUCUGCAUGUUUGCAGCCGGCGGCCUGGCGAGAGCGACCAUCAACGCAGGUGACUCGAGUUCUCGAGAUCGCAUCGGAGGCGCAGCCACGUUCUUUGUCUUUUUGUAUACAGCCAUAUUUGGUGCGACAUGGCUCACGGUUCCAUGGCUCUACGCCGCAGAGAUUUAUCCUCUUCAAGUUCGCGCCAAGGGGAACGCUUGGGGCGUAGUCGGCUGGUCGAUCGGGAACGGGUGGACGGUCUUGCUCUUGCCCACCAUUUUUGGCCGGCUUCACGAAAAGACGCUCUAUAUCUUCGGCGGCGUCAACAUCCUCUGCGUCUUUGUGGUCUGGGCUCUAUACCCCGAGUCGAACCAACGAACCUUGGAGGAGAUGAAUCUUGUGUUUGCCAGUGACAGCAUAUGGACGUGGGACGCCGAACGAAACUUUGCCAAGCUCAAGAACGAGAACCCUCAGCUGGUCCAGGCGGCCAAGUCGGGUCAUGGUGUCGUUGGCCCCGAAUAUGCUAUUUCGGGAUCUCGCAAGGGAAGUCUCGCCUUGCGUGGAAGUCAGCAUGUUGCUACGGAAGAGGAGAUAGCCAGCAACAAGGGAGAUAAACAGGGAACGGAAAAGUCGAGUGUGUCUCAUAUUUGA